AUGAGCAAUAACAUCCUCAUUGUCGGUGCCAGCCGAGGCCUUGGAGCCUCGUUGAGACACUUGUACGCAUCCAAGACAUCAACAGCCAGUGUCUUCGCGACAAGUCGAUCCAGUGCCCCUCCGGAAGACAGUUCUGAAUCUCGCGUCUCAUGGAUCCAGAAUAUUGAUGUCUCCCAACCCAAUGUGGGCGAAACUCUGGUAUCCCAACUGCCUUCAUCCACCAAGCUCUCCUGCGUGAUCGUCACGGCGGGCUAUUUCGGAUUCGAGACAUUUGAUGACCCCGACUGGGAAAAGGAAGUAAGGAUGUAUACCACUUCCGCCAUUGGCCCCGUCUUUGUUGUGCAGCGCCUCGUCAAAGCGGGUCUGCUGGACAAGGGAAGCAAAGUGAUAUUGGUCAGCAGUGAAAGCGGGAGUAUCACAUUGCGGCAUGAAAAGGAGGGUGGAGGGAAUUAUGGUCAUCAUGCCAGCAAGGCCGCAUUGAAUAUGGUUGGGAAACUUCUAAGUCUAGAUUUGAAAGAGAAGGGCAUUGCUGUCGGGCUGGUACAUCCUGGCUUCAUGCGCACGGAAAUGACCAAGAGUGUAGGAUUCGACAAGUACUGGGAUGCCGGUGGAGCCGUUACCCCCGAUGAAGCAGCUCAGUCUCUGGCCUCGUUCAUAGAUGGCUUUGACAUUGGUCAAACGGGGCAGUUCUGGGCACCACGAGGACCUGGGGACAUUGGGACUGCAGAAGCUGUUCUGGGGAAAGACUUGCCUACGCCGUUACAACUACCAUGGUAG